GCCCCGGCCCGGCCCCCGGGCGGCACGAUGACCGACACCCGGCGGCGGGUGAAGGUUUACACCCUCAACGAGGACCGGCAGUGGGACGACCGAGGCACCGGGCAUGUGUCGUCGGGCUACGUGGAGCGGCUGAAGGGCAUGUCCCUGCUUGUCAGGGCCGAGAGCGACGGUUCUCUGCUUUUAGAGUCCAAAAUCAAUCCUAACACUGCAUACCAGAAACAACAGGACACUUUGAUUGUGUGGUCUGAAGCAGAAAAUUAUGACUUGGCCCUUAGCUUUCAAGAAAAAGCUGGAUGUGAUGAAAUUUGGGAAAAAAUAUGUCAGGUUCAAGGAAAGGACCCUUCAGUGGGUAUCACUCAGGACCUUGUGGAUGAAUCUGAAGAGGAGCGUUUUGAUGAUAUGUCAUCACCAGGUUCAGAAUUGCCAUCAUGUGAAUUAAGUCACCUGGAAGAAAUUGCAGAACUUGUGGCAUCAUCUUUACCUUCCCCUCUUCGUCGUGAAAAACUUUCACUAGCACUGGAAAAUGAGGGUUAUAUUAAAAAGCUCUUAGAGCUUUUUCAUGUGUGUGAGGAUUUGGAAAAUAUUGAAGGACUGCACCACUUGUAUGAAAUUAUCAAAGAUAUCUUCCUCUUGAAUCGAACUGCUCUAUUUGAAGUUAUGUUCUCUGAGGAAUGUAUAAUGGACGUCAUUGGAUGCUUAGAAUAUGAUCCUGCUUUAUCGCAACCACGAAAACACAGGGAAUUUCUAACAAAAACAGCCAAGUUUAAAGAAGUGAUUCCCAUAUCAGAUCCAGAGCUGAAACAAAAAAUUCAUCAGACAUACAGAGUUCAGUACAUACAAGAUAUGGUUCUACCUACCCCUUCAGUCUUUGAAGAAAAUAUGUUAUCAACACUUCACUCUUUUAUCUUUUUCAAUAAGGUGGAAAUUGUUGGUAUGUUGCAGCUCUACCACCAGCUCCAGUGCCUGGCCUAAAACCAACCACUGAGCAAGAGAUUCCUGCAGUUUCAACUCUGGCACCAGGUCCAGCUCCCAGAUUGGAGGCAGCUCAAAGUUUACAGGGACC